UUUCUGGCUGCCAUAUAAAUGGGUGGAGAUCAAAAUUUUGUGCUGAAAUGGCCCGAACGAGUUCGUCCAUGGGAGCGCAGAGGAAGAAGCUGUGGAUGGGCUUGAUUAUUUUAGCCAUCUUCGCUUCAGGUGCGAGCGGUUGGACCGGGGAAAUCCAUGGCCGAGUUAUCUGCGAUGUCUGUGGCGAUUCUUCCAUCGGCCCAGAAGACCAUGUUCUUGAAGGUGCUGAAGUAGCAGUCCUUUGCAUAACAAGAUCUGGAGAAGUUCUAAACUACCAGGCCUUUACGAACUCCAAGGGUAUAUACACUGUUGCUGAGACGAUGUCAGAAAGCGACCGCUGGGAUGCAUGCCUCGCUCGACCAAUCAGCAGUUUCCAUGAACACUGCACCCAUCUCGGUGCCAAUAGCUCGGGAGUGAAGUUCAGCUACAAUCAUCCAUCUGGCCACUCUCACACUGUGAGGCCAUUCGUCUAUCGGCCGAGCAGCGUGCCAACAUACUGCAUAUGACAGUUUCUGAACAUGUUGCCAAUAAAGUUGAGUAGAAAUCCAGAAUUGAACUUUCUCAUGAAAAAAUGUAGUCUUCUAUAAGCUUCAGUGAAGUAGCUAAGGUUUGUUUUAGUAUAUAAGCUUAUUGAGUAGCUAAUGCAAAGUCGACUUUGGGAUAAACAAAUAUGCUUUGAUGCCUCUGUACAUCAACCUCAUUUUUUUUUCCCUCUUGUGAUGUAUAUCAAUUAGAACCAAAGGUAUUCAUGAAUUUUGAAAAA